CGGCAUCGCCGCGGCGGGCAGCGCGGCGGAGGGUGCUGCCAGCGCCGGGAGGGAGCGGCGGAGCCCCGCCGCGGGCUGCGCCGAGAUGCUCUCCUACAGCGUGCUGGACGCCAAUGUGGUGGACGUGGAGAAGCGCAGGAACCCCUCGAAGCACUACGUCUAUAUCAUCAACGUAACAUGGUCAGACCUGACUUCCCAGAUCAUCUACCGGAGAUACAGCAAGUUCUUUGACCUGCAGAUGCAGCUUCUGGACAAGUUCCCUAUUGAAGGAGGCCAGAAAGACCCCAAGCAAAGAAUCAUCCCUUUUCUACCAGGCAAGAUCCUGUUCCGGAGGAGCCAUGUCCGAGACGUAGCUGUGAAGAGGCUGAAGCCCAUCGAUGAGUACUGCAGGGCCCUGGUUCGGCUUCCUCCUCACAUUUCACAGUGCGAUGAAGUCUUCAGGUUCUUUGAGGCUCGCCCAGAAGACCUUAACCCUCCAAAAGAGGACUAUGGAUCUUCAAAGAGAAAAUCAGUUUGGAUGUCCAGUUUGUCUGAGACUCCAAAAAAGAGUGUCGCUCCAGGUGCUGAUGCUAGCUCUGAACCCAUGAUCCUGGAGCAAUAUGUGGUGGUGUCCAACUAUGAGAAGCAGGAGAACUCUGAGAUCAGCCUCCAGGCUGGAGAGGUCGUGGAUGUCAUAGAGAAAAAUGAAAGCGGUUGGUGGUUUGUGAGCACAGCAGAGGAGCAGGGCUGGGUUCCUGCUACAUACCUGGAAUGUCAAAAUGGAACCAGAGAUGACUCUGACAUCAACACGUCCAAACUUGGGGAAGUUUCUAAGCGACGCAAGGCUCACCUGAGACGCCUGGACCGGCGAUGGACGCUGGGCGGGAUAGUCAACAGGCAGCAGAGUCGAGAAGAGAAAUAUGUCACUAUCCAGCCAUACGCCAGCCAGGGGAAGGAUGAGAUUGGGUUUGAAAAAGGGGUCACCGUGGAGGUCAUCCAAAAGAACCUGGAAGGAUGGUGGUACAUAAGGUAUCUAGGCAAAGAGGGCUGGGCCCCAGCUUCGUACCUGAAGAAAGCUAAAGAUGAUCUUCCAUCUAGGAAAAAAAACUUAACUGGGCCAGUGGAAAUCAUAGGAAACAUCAUGGAGAUCAGUAACCUGCUGAACAAGAAAUCAUCCACUGACAAGGAAACUCAAGCAGAAAACGAGACUGCAGAAACCCAUAUCAGCAAGAAAGAAAUCAGUUUGCCCAUCCUGUGCAACGACUCUAAUGGCAAUGCCAUGAUGACCCCAGACAAGCAGGCUUCCAAACUGGCCCAGGGAUCCCCAGCCAUAGCAAGGAUAGCACCACAAAGAGCUCAAAUAAGUUCUCCAAAUCUAAGAACAAGGCCGCCCCCACGAAGAGAAUCCAGUCUGGGUUUUCAGUUGCCCAAACCACCAGAGCCACCCUCUGUGGAAGUGGAAUACUACACCAUUGCAGAGUUCCAGUCGUGUAUCUCUGAUGGCAUAAGCUUUCGUGGAGGACAAAAAGCAGAGGUUAUAGAAAAGAAUUCUGGUGGCUGGUGGUACGUGCAGAUUGGAGAGAAGGAAGGGUGGGCUCCAGCAUCUUACAUUGACAAGAGGAAGAAGCCAAAUUUAAACAGAAGAACCAGUACUUUAACCCGCCCAAAAGUUCCUCCCCCAGCACCUCCCAGUAAACCAAAAGACUCUGAAGAAGGAACAACUCCUGGAACGGUUUCUUCAGGAGAUACCCAGGACUCUCCCCACAAGCUGAAAUAUGAAGAGCCUGAGUAUGAUGUGCCUGCCUUUGGCUUUGACUCGGAGUGCGAUGUGAGUGAAGGUCAUCAUGAAGAGGGCACUCCUGAAAAACGACUGUUUCAGCCCCUCAAACCCUCUCCUGUGUCAUCACUUCAGAAAGCAAAGUUCAAAGUAGGAGAGUCUUCAGAAGAAGUUGCUCGUGAAGAAGAGACCAUCUAUGAGAACGAGGGAUUCAGGCGUUACGUGGAAGAUGCUUUAUCCAAUAAGGAAUCUAGUGGAGACUCUGAUUCUCAGAAAAGCUCCUCUCUUUCCUUGAUCCGAAGGAAUUCUCCAUGUUCCAGCUCUCCUAAAUCAUCACUUGUGAAGCUCAAGAUGGACAAAACCAUCCAGCCCGAUCUUGGAAAAUGUCACUAUUCCAGGAGUGAGGAGACAAAACCGAGAUCAGCUUCAGAUGUUGGCUUACGUAGCAUGCCAAGAACAGGCAUGAAGAAGGAGCCUGGGCAGAGUCCUUCCAUUAGAGCAAAGCCAAUUGUUAGGCCCAAACCCUUCCUGAACAAGGCAGACUCUCAGAGCCAAGAAAAGAUGGAUAUCAGCACUUUAAGGCGUCAGCUGAGGCCAACUGGGCAACUCAGAGGUGGACUUAAAGGUUCAAGAAGUGAAGAGUCCGAGAGCCCCCCCGGCACAGCUUCUGAGAACCAAGAUGAUCCUGUUAGGAGGAGCUCGGCUGAUCUCAUUACAGCUCCUUCCCGUGGCAUUUUCUGCUCUAGCCAUCCAGCCAAAACUGAGCAAGAAAAUGACUCCAGAUGUUUCUAUGUGACCACUGACUCUUACCAAAAGGUACAGGAUUCUGAAAUUUGCUUCCCAGCAGGAGCAGAAGUGGAAGUGCUGGAAAAGCAAGCCAGUGGGUGGUGGUACCUGAAAUAUGGAGACAUGGAAGGCUGGGCUCCUUCCCAUUAUUUGGCUCUCCCUGAUAACCAGAGAGAAACCACAUUAGCAGAAGCUGAUGCCUCAUUUGCCAGGAACAGGAAAAAUGAAAACAAGUCAAACAGUUUAGAGAAGAUAGAGAAGAGGGUUCAGGCUUUGAACACCAUCAACCAGAGCAAACGUGCAACACCACCUAUCCCAAGCAAACCUCCUGGUGGUUUUUCAAAACCAUCUGCGCCAGUCAAAAUGAGGAAUGGUGUGAGGCAACUUGCUGUCCGGCCACAGUCAGUGUUUGUGUCUCCACCACCAAAGGAUAACAACCUGUCAUGCUCCUUGCGCAGAAAUGAGUCUUUAACAACUACAGAUCAUCUUAGGACCGUCCGUCGGAAUUCCUCCUUCAGCAACGCGUGGUCGCAGCCUGGUGAAGCGAAGGGAAAGCAGCCUGAGCGGUCGGGUACAGAGGGCUCUGAGACCACCUCCAACCUCCCUACCCAGAGGAAUGGGAUUCCUGUGUCCACAGUCAGGCCAAAGCCCAUUGAGAAAUCGCAGUUCAUCCACAACAAUCUCAAGGACAUCUAUGUUUCCAUUGCAGACUAUGAAGGGGAUGAGGAGACUGCAGGGUUUCAGGAAGGUGUAUGCAUGGAGGUCCUUGAAAGGAACCCAAAUGGCUGGUGGUACUGCCAGAUCAUGAAUGGUGUGAAGCCAUUCAAAGGCUGGGUGCCCUCAAAUUACUUGGAGAAAAAGAACUAAUAUUGCAAUAUCUUUAACCUCCCUAAUUUAUACUGUUCCUGCUGUGUACAUGUGGAAAAAAACCUCUUUGCUACACAAAAAGACAUUUCCCUGUGCUCCAGUUUGUACAAAGGGAUAAAAGGAGUCUAUGCUGAGGACAAAUUGCCGUGUUCUGGAGAGGUUUGUGGGGUUAAUAUGUCAUAAGCAACUGAGGAAGAUGCAGCAUAGUCAAAUGCCUUUUUGUGAAGUUGUUUAAUAAUCUUGUAUGUGUAACAGGGUAUGACAUCCCAUCUUUCCCAUUAUUGAUAGGAAACCAAAUGUGUGCCUUUUGUGAGAGAAAUACACAUGCAUCUACUUGGGGAGUUUUGUGCCAAACUGUUUUACAAUAUCUUGGCUCCCUUUCUCCUCAUUCUUGUCUGUACGUGGAAUACCCAAGAGUUUUGAAUGUGUUUCCACAAUUUACAGUGAGAAGCGAAUGGAAGCUUCUGAAACACAGAGGGACUCUAAUCCUUUGGAGACUUUUAAGGCUUUUUUUUUAAUUUUAUUUUUUUUUUUACUGUUCUCAACAGUUGGUAGGUCCAGAGUUGGAGCCUUUUCAUUGUGGAGAGAUUUGGUCUCCAGCUUCAGCUGUGUUUUGUUGUUACUGCUAACUCACCAGAAAAGGCAAUCAGGUGGUGUUGGUUGGGGGCUUUUUGUUUCUUUCCGUUCUGUCUUGUUCUUUGAGUUGGGAUUUCAGGUGUUCUAGGGCAGCAAUGCCUACUGGUGCUUGUAAAAACAAACCUACAAACCCCAUGUUUAAGCAUGUCAGUUACUUCGUAGACUCCAUAUUUAGUUCUGUGUCUGACCCCUGCCAGGUCAUCCUGGUUGAUUCUCUUCCUGGAGCUGGGUUUCUCAAAACUUGUCAUAAUAUCAAAAUGUACAAAAGUCCCUUAAGACACUAAAGACAAAGUUGUCAAAUGUGUUACUUCUGUUUUUGCGAUCUGGUCCUAAUUCAAGUGUGCUGACUGCUGGCAAGGUCCACCAAGGUAUGAGAAAUAACCGUAACCUUCUGCAAAAUCAGUGUUUACAGUGGGGAAGGGAGGGGGGGGGAAGCCAUCAAACUUAGUCUGCACAUCCUUAAUUUGUAUAUUUCGGGGAAAUUGUUUUUCUGUGUUUUGUUUUUGUCUUUUCUGUGCAUUCUGGGUUUACUUUAAUUUUUUUUUUUUGUCUUGUUUUACCAGAAGAGACUUAAAACUGAAGCAGGAGCCAAAUAUGUGUUUCUGUUCCCACUUGAAUCCAAAAAGUACAUUUGUACUGGAAAGCGUGCCUGGGCUUCUCAGGUUCAGAGAUUUAAUAUCAAAGCAAUUAGGCCUACAAUGCAUCUAACCAGGAAGCUGCCUCUUCUAGUUCCUUUCUAUUUGCCUCUCUUAACUUGUGCUUUGAAACAUGUCACAUGGUGUGGGUAGUGUGGGAAAUGAAAGAGGCAUCCUUUGGAAAAGGCUAGGAAUAUGGCGUUAUUUGUGAGGUAGCCAACUCUUGCACUGUAAUCAUCAUUGGCUAAAUCCCUGCACUACUUGAGGAAGUCAUGCCUUUUUUUUUUUUUUUUUUUUUGUAAUGGCCUUGUUUAUCACUCAAGAUGAAUAUCUAGUUCCUUUAAAUAAUAGGCAGCAUUGUAAAUCUGUUUUAAGGGGGAGGGAGCAGACCAUUUCACUACUGGUUUGUACAAAAUGAUACAUGCCCUUUUAUCCACAAAGUUGCAUACCAAUUUGGCUAGGGAGGUAAAGGUUAUAAAGACUUUAAAACAGCUGGGGUCAAGGGGGUGAGUAAAAUAGCACAACAAUAUCAUGCAUUACUGGGGAUGUUUCUCUGCCAAAAAAAUUUACACAAUUUAUAUGUUGUUCUUGUCUUCUUUGGUUUUCCUUUUUUGUGGUUUGGGGUUUUUCUUAAUUUCCGUGGUAACACUGAGAGAGUUGCCUACAGCUGAUGUGACUGAUGUCCUUUUGGUAGCUGAAAAAACAUCCAGGUGCCACAACUGGCUACGAACAGUGCUGUGGUUCGAGCAGCUCUCUGCAUCCAGAUGGGGAGCAAGGCUGUUUGGUUGGGAUCCCUUUAAAUUGUGGUGGCAAGAGAAGGAGGUGUAUCUGCACAACAGCUUGUAUCGCAGUGUGCAGGGUCCUCUUCAUACCUUAACAUCUUAACCACGUAAUAUAUAUGUAUAUAUCCAGUUUGCCACAUCUUACUGGAUGUGCAUCUGAGGCAUUGUGGCCCUGUCUCAUACUUCUCACCAUUGUUAGUUGUACUAAUAUGGUAGCAGCCAUAAAAGACUGCUGGAGCUGUUGUGAGGUUAUAAUAGAAGUAUUAUAUUCUUCUGCUGGACAGUAUUAAAUAGAGCAAUACAUAGAGUUAUCUGCUAGAUUGCAGUACUAAUAGUAGUGACUUAGUGACUCGUAUUAAUGUUGUUUUGAUUUAUUUUAACAAUAAUGAUGCGGAAGUGGUUCAUUAUUUUGAAUUAAUGCACUUUAACAAUAAAGAAACCAAAAUGGAAGCCAAUGCAAAGAACCAAGUGCAUUAUUUAAAGGUGCAGUAUAUAAUUAUCAGUUUCUUGAAGCACAUAUUUAUUAAAAAUUAACUUAUUAUUUAAAAUAUUCUAAAGUUUUGUUUAAAGACAUUCCCACUAGGUCAUCUCUUUGGGGGGAUGUAAAAGCACAGCUCCCAGAUCUUCUGCAUUGAGCCACUGAAUUCUCUGAGUGUGGUGUGGUGUGACGUGAGCCCCUACCCAGGGAGAGGAAAGCAGCACGCAGGUGAGAGAGCCUGGACUACUACGAGUAUUCACACUUGCAUCCAGCAAAGCCGAGCCCAGAGCACCUCUGAGCUGCAGGAGUCCUUGCAGGGUUUGGGGUGGCAAAGCCCGUUUUUGGCAGGCGGUGGCCGUGCCUGGCUGCCGUGUGCCUUGCCUGAGUCUGGUCCCUGGUGGGUGUGAGCUCGCCGUGAGGCUCAGAUUAGCGUGAGGGCUUCAGGAUCUGCCUGUAAAACACGGGCCAGCUCUGUAACAGACGCCAGCCUGUCCCGCAGCUCCCUUUCCACCUUGCUGGCUUCUUCUCCAGCUCUGGCUUUUGCAGGGAGGUGGUUUGCUGAGCUCCAAGUGGUGCAGGGGAUGACGCAGAGCCAGAGCGACAGUGCCUGCAGUACUGCCAGGGUUUUCUCAAGCAGCAGCUCAGUGUCCCAUGGAUCAAUUGCUCCUUUUCCCAUCUCAAAGGCUUCAUGGCCCCCUGAGGCAAGGCCAGAGCCUGUAGGUGGGCUGCAAGAUGUAGAUGGGCCUCUGCCCCCACCUGCACCAGGAAAAAGGAUGGGGUGCAAAUGACCUACUUGGUGCUAGAAAUGAAUGUGGGCCACCGCCCGGCAUGCCAGGCUUCCCACCUUGUGGGAAAGCUUUGGUUUGGGCUUCCCUUUAUUUGGUGGCUAUUUUGACUGCUCGUGUUUAAAGGGCACUUUUAAAGCAAAUACCUCCCAAUGCAGUUUUUCCCCCUCCGAUCUUACCGUUGUCAUAGCGUCUCUCACUGAUCUCUUUUUGUUUAUUAUUUUUUUUAUUUUUAUUUUUUCAACUGAGAGAUAUCAGGAAAAGAGAUUUUUUUUUUUUUUUUGCCCAUCAGCAAGCAGCUAGUUUUUUUGGUCAGCUCCACUGAUAGCCGAAAUAGCAAGCCCUUUCAAGCCUUUUCCACUGUUAGCUGUGAAACGGAGUGAAAGGUCUUAAGCUAAAUCAGAAAAGCAGGGCAGGAAAACCUGGCAGGGUGCCUCAGAGGACAGUGUAGUGCUAGAAGUGUUUUUAGCUCUUUUCUGAAAUGUUCAUGUCACCUUAAGCUUUAUCUACUAAAUUUGUCAGAACUGACACUGGAUCAAGAGCAAUAUUUAAACGUAACGUACACCUCAGUGAACACUCAAUGCAGAAAUCAAUAGUACUGUUUAAAUUUCUCUUUUUCUGGUUUAUUGUUGAACCAGAUGGCGAAGAGGAAGAGCUCUGCAGGGCUUGGGCAAAGCCCUUUGCAGCUGAAGGGGGCCCUCCUCCGGGGGGAGAGGCGGCUGCCUUGCUCUCCCCCGCUGUCCGUGCUUUCCAAAAACUCUUGAAUUUGGACCAGCAGAAAAUCCAAACUCCAAUGCCAGAGAACAAAAUUUAAGAAUGUGAAAAUUGUGUCUUGCUGUAUACUGCAACUUUAAUAAUAAUGAGCACUUCUGAGUUCGUUAUUGAGGUUUAUAUAAUGCCUGAAAAGUUUAAUUGCUGGUUUCCCUUGUCUCCCCUUUCAAAACACUUCCUUACAACGGCAAGAGUAACACGGUUUUGUUAGCAACCCUUCCCCGUGGGAGGCAAUUCCUGUUAAUUGUUUUAGCUCUCACACCUUGCAGUGGGUGCAUGUACCAGUCCUUUGCAAGCCAAACUUUUCAAGAUGAAAGAUACAAUGGGCACGUGUUGGGAUGCUUCACUGAUGUGUCAACAAGAAGUUUUUAAAUCAAUGUGUACAGUAAUGGCAAAUACACAGUAAUGAAGGAUUGAAAUUGGGUCACGGUUAGACUCUCAAAAAAUAGAAUUUCACGUCUGCACAGUUAUAACUAAAAAACGGAUUUGGCCCUUAAGCAUACGUACCCCAAAGACUCCUUCCGUUAUGAUGCUAUAAAGUUUGACGAAGGCAUUAUAUAAUUGUUUUCAUCACUUUCAGAUCUUAAUGAAUCAUAUUUUAUUGUAAUAUAUAUGCAUUGCUUUCCUCAGUUAAAAAGAAAGUUACUGCUUUUAUCUUAUAUGAAAAACAAGGGAAUUUGAUAAAGCAUUCAUUAUUUUCAUAUUACUAGUAUUAACAGAAUAGAACUAGUACUAUUUAAUUUUAGAUCUUCAUAGCUAGCUUGUUAAUAACUCAUAUUUUCCUGUGUUGUAUCCUACUAUUUUUUCUAUUUUUCCCAAAUACUCUGCAUUCUUGAGAAAAAACAAAUCCAAUGAGUGGAUAAGUGCAAUAUUCAUAGAAUAAACAGGCCCCUCAUCCAGGACUUGGAGUGGAACGUGCAGUGUGAAAUGUUUGCAAUUCUCUAUUCGUGCACUCUUAGGGGAAGGGGAAAUGCAGGGGAGGGGGUGGCUAGUUGAAAGCAGGACCCUUGGGCAGGUAGGGACUGAUAGCUGGGGUGGUUUGGGGUGGUAAUGGCUGCUUUUCAUAAAACAGCAUUACCUGCUACUGAAAGCAUAAGGAUUAUGCAGCAUGUUGCUAGGAUUAUGUAUAGAAUGUGCAUUAACAUCCUUGUCGAUACAGGACUUCUGAGCUAUGCUUGAAACACCCUGUAUGUCAUCCAUGCAUGAUACUGUCUUCUGGUAUGUCUGCUGGUUACGUCCUCUGUUACGCUUCAGAAUCAAUGGUCACUUCAGAAGGGAAAAAUAAUUCUUCUGGUGCAGUCCCAAGUUUUGAUACUGUAUCAUUACUUGUAUUUAUUGCAGGAACUAUGGGAGUAUUUUUACAAGUCUUUAUUUCUUUUCUUUCCUUAUUGUUAACCUAAGAAAAAACAUUCCCGUUUUGUCUGGGUUAGUUCUCACCUGCAGAAUUUCACAGCUGGUUUGGGUAUUGAUUUCAUGUUUCUUGGCUUGCAAAGGCGAUCUCUCAGGUCCAAAGUAAAGCUGGGCAGAAACUUAGCUCUUCAAAAGAGGUUUUGCUUUAAAUUCUAUUUGAAUGGAAGAACUUCCACCUGUCCAAAAUAAUGUGACUUUCCAGGUAGCAGCAAAAUCUACUACCUUUGAAAAACUGGACUGUUUUUGUAAGAUGCAAGAGAAAUGUGAAAGCCAGAGCAUUUGAUUCUCUGAGCUCUGGGAAGUACAUCUCCUGUGGCCCUAGUUCUUGUCCCUGGAGAGGGGGUGUACCUCAGCUUUCUGCUUAAUUUUUGUCCUGCUGUUCUUAGGUUUGUCAGGAAGCCUUAGUAUUACCAGAGACCUUUGCAUUCAAACAGAAAAAUGGAAUUCUGCAGCUGUGUAGAGAUGGUAUCAAUUACAUGAUUUUGGAAAACCUCUAAUACUUUGCAAACUAAUCUGGGUUUGAGGAGUCAGCUUAAUUCUUUCACGUGCUCUUGUCUAAAUUGGCAAGAGGUCCACGAGCAUCAGUAGAGUAACACUGACAGAAGACUUGCAGUGGAGCAAAGCACCUUGCGGGUGCUUAGCAUGGACUGUUCUCAGCAAAAGCAAGCGCUGUGCACCGUUCCUACACCUCCAAAGGGUGCACAGGACUGCUGAGCCUUGGUGCUGCCAUCCCGUGAUCCACUUUCCUGCAGGUUAUGCAGCUUUUUAAAACCAACUGGAGCUUUGCUGCUAUUUGCUGGUGGCUUCCCAUCACUGGCAGCUCCUUCUCUGGCAACUUCAGAUGCUAUUUAGCCACAUAGCAAAGUGCUGUGUAUAAAUGCAGCGUUUGAUAGCUGCCAACAGUACCAAUAUGAUGGUCUGAGAGCAAAUGUUUGUGUAAGUUAUUUUAUUUUCAUUUGCUUUUAGUUACUUGGUAGAAGCAGGGACCACCAAUGUGGCGAUGCACAGGGAAUGUGUCUACACACUUGAACUGUUUGAUGGCCUCUGCUAGCUCUGCCCCUGUGCUUGUAUUUCUUUCUCUCCCUCUGUGCUGCUCAGUAGUCAUGUCUGUCGUGUGUGUCUGUAAUUUACAAAUAAAGUACUGUAUGUAGGGCUGGAUCCAGAAGCCCCCACAGUCAGUUGACUUUGGGUUCAGAUACAGGUUGCUGUUGCUGCUUUUCCUCCUCUGUCUUAGACCCAACUUGGAGCAAAGCACAGAUGUCUGUAAAAAGUCACCCAUAACUCUACUUUGGGGUGUCAGUUUUGUGGGGUGUGCAUGUAUUGCCAAGGGUGGAAUGAGGGGAUCUUUUUUUUUCUUGGGUGCCCUCACAUCAGGGCUAUGGCUCUGCAGCAGUUGCUGGAGUGACAGCUGCGCUGCACCGCAUGCAGACCUGACUGGCGUAGGCAGAACAAAUUAGUUGCUCCCGUUUUAUAAUGUCAGGGCUGGGCUGGUCCCAUCAACAAUGUUCUUCAUUUGUUUUUGCAUCAAGGUAGCAUUGAUUCUAGUUGGAGUGCAAUUUUUUUUGUUUUGUGUUUGUUUUUUUUUUAAUAAAUAAAUUUGGUUUAAAGCUUCACACUGGCGUUUUACAGACCUGUUCUUGUCAGCAUAAGCCACUACUGUCCUGAGUUGAGACUCCUGUUUGUUACUGAAUUAAAAUAACAGGAAUUAUGUUGAUAAUUUGGAAAGAAAUGAGAGGUAACUAUAUUGGCAGGGGAGAGAUAGAUAAAAUAUGAGGAAAAAGAUGUUUCUAAUAAGGCCAUAAAUUAUUUGGUCUGACACUGCAGGUGCUUUCUCUAUGUAGAUGAUUUUGAUAUGUCACUGCUCUGUGUUACGAUAUUUCAUUAUUGAGAAAAGAUGAGGUUUUUUACUCUGUGAUAUAUUGUGACAAUCUGUAUCCUGAAGCCAAUGAUCCACCAAAGGACAACCACGGGUUACAUGCUUGUUGUAACUGAGGUGGUUUGUGUGCCUGGGGGUUUGCAUACACUGAGGUUCAGCUGAUAGGACAGGCAAGAGUGACCGUUCCAGCUCUGCCUGCCUUGGCCCCCUGUGAAACAGCCCUGUGCUAGUGGCACCUCUAGUGAAAUGCUGGGUUUGGUGAUCUCUCCCUGAUGCUCAGGGUUAUUUGGUUAUGGUGGUACCUGUCUUGGUCCCUGCUUGGUGGAGGAGAAAAACAGAGGGGAGGGCGGGAAAAUCACUUGGCACUGUAGGAGAAUUUUAAAAAUACAACAUUUCAUUUUAAAAUAAAUAUUUCAGGCUUCUCAAGAUAUUCCCCUUCAAAGCUGUGUUAGUGACUCUGAAUUUUAUGUCUGAAAUUUAAAUAACAUGGCAACUUUAUCUGUGCAAACAGUUCUUUUGUGGUUUGAGAGCUUAUUCUUUAACUGCUUUUGGGUCACCAGGGAAGUAGAAAUAAAGAAACAAAAUCCCAUCAUCAGCCUUGGGCUUUAGGCUGGGGCGGGGGGAGGAGGGGCAUCAAAUUCUGUUCUGACUCUGGGUCCCCCUAAGCGCCCAGAUGAGGUUUGUUUCCAUUCCCUAGAAGCAGGACAGAAGAGAAUAGUGCAGUCAUUGGAACUUUAGCCUGUAACAAUUAGCAAACUGGAACAAAUAAAAAAGGAAUUAAAAAGAAACCUUUGAAAAAAUGAAAUAUUUCAGUGAAUAGCUGACUUAACUAUUUCCUGUCCUGGAUUUUCAUGGGGUGGGGCAAGUUAUAAUUGUUUCCAGUCUCUAGGAGGGUUUUUUCUGCAGCAUGCUGAAUAGGCUUGCUGAAAAAACUUGAUCAUUACUCAUUAUGAGUUCAAACCAGGAGUAUUGCAAAAGCAAAGUGUGUGUAGCAUUACAAUGACUUUUUUUGUACUGAGGGUCCAAAAGGAGCAUUGUGGGGUCAAUAGUGUACAGAGUAGGUGUGUUUCUGCUGCCUGGCUAACUUCACAUUACAUCAGUGCCAUUUCUUUAUUGCAGAUUUAAUUGCAGACAGCAGUGCUCAUUACUCUGCUUGCAGUGUUUGCAUGAGCGUCCUCAGUUAAGACUCAAUAUCAAGUUUCAUGUCAGGAGAAGUCUUGCCAGCAGUUUGCUUAGGCUGAGGUUCAGAUGCGGCUAACUCAAGGUGGGUGUUGAAAGCAGCUCAACUGGACGUGUACAUCUGGAGCUGUUAAUUAGCCCAAAUUGUCUCUGGAAAUGGUGGGUAGUCAAUUAUGGGGAGCCUAAACCUGCUGUUGAAUGAAGGCUGAGAGCUGUUUGAGCAGUUGUGCUCCCCUCUGUUAGCAGAUCAAUUGCAUGUGUCUGGACUGGAAAGUCCUAUGGGAUUUGUUGUCCCAAAUUUGCAAAAAAAUUUUUUUGAUCUAGGCCUGGUCUAAGUGAGGUUUUGCAGUGGGUUUCCUGGGUGGUUGAUGUUCUUAACGCGACCUUGAAUAUUAGGUGCUGUUGUCAUUUCUGUGUUGGUGUAGCGCUCCAUUUUUUAGUGGUCAGGUGGUGGGAAUGUACCUGGUGGGAGCUUGGGAGAGUAUGUCGGUGACCAGAGAUAGAGAAAUGUGUGGCUGGUCUUAGUGUGUGUGGCUAAGUUGGUGACACUUUUUUGUCUUUUUUUGUUUGUUUUUAACGUGGGAACCAUUCUGUCUGUUCUGCUUGGGAAACAGUCUAGAAGUUGGUGUGGUUUAUGUUGCAGUAUAUAUGAGAAGGAGUAACUGAGAGAUUUUUUUUUUUUUAAGAGAGUUUGUGGGCAGGAGUCCGUUCAGUUUGUUUUGGGUUGCAAGUUAAGCCAAGAGAGGAAGAAAAUUAGUCUGGGGAAACCCUUUUUUUUGUGGUAACAGCUUUUGACCAUAUUUUCUUGUGGCCUCUGAUCAAGCUCCACUGAAGGUAGUGGAGUGAAUAUUGUUCAUCAUGCAGAUGUUGGAACCAAGUAUUGAUUCUUUCAGAGCUGACAGGUAUUUUGACAUUCAUGGCAUCACUCCUUAAUGUACCUAUAGCAAAUGUGAGCUAAAGACAGAGUAACUGCAGCCUCAUGCAUUGCCCAGUUUUUGUUUAAUGAACUCAAGAUGGUGACCAGUUGGAUAAAAAUGUUUGUUCAGUGAACAGCUCCUGCAAGGGUCCAGAUGUGCUUGCGUCUCUGAGAUGCUUUUCUAGAAAAGGAAAUCACAUGCAUGAUAGAAAAUUUUGCAUUUCUGAGUUAUUCCAGUAAAACUGAAACCCAGAAAAAUUACUAAAUGACUUUUUUUGCGGUUUGGUGGUGGGUUGUUGGGGUUUUUUUGCACUUAACAGUACCUUUUGCCAUUGAUGGCAAGAGUUAUUGUUAAUGUGGGCUCAGAUGCCCCAAUCUAUCUGAACUGGCACAAAACAGAAGACCUUUUUAUGACUGGUGCCUGAGUAGUCUGCAUGUAAAUGUGGUAGAUUUGAUGCAGAUUAGAGUACUUCUCUCUGGGCCAACACAAAAAGAUGCAUUAUCAGUGGGGAAAACGUAGCUCUCCUUUUUGCCAAGUGACCCUGUAGAGAUGUUCCUCAAGCUUUAGCGCAGAUCAGCUGAGGACCUGUGGUUUUUUAGCUGAUACAUGCAGUACCGUGGGCCUGGUUCUGUGACUGGGACAAUAAAGUGCAUCUCUGUCCCGGUGAGAAUUAUUGAAAUUAUCAUAGUUCAGUGUUGUCAUUUGCUCUGGAUAUGACAGCAGUGAGCGAAAACUUCCCCCUAGCCCAGACUUGCAGACUUUACUUCAGUGCCCAGUCCAGAACUGGUUUCAGAGGUGUCUCCAUGGUGAUGUCGUUGUAGGCCAAGUGCAGUAAAUGGUGGGGUUAAAUAUCACCAGAUUGUCCACGUGCUGUGCCCAAGUGCUUGCUCAGAAGAGAACUGCGAAACAACAUAAAGCAAUGGAGGUUUGGAGUUUUUCCCUACAGCAGCACUUACUGAAGCAGUGAAGUAAAAACAGAAGUUUGUUUGAAGGAUUUGAAUCACAUCUGUGCCUGUAAAGGUGAAAACUCUGCAUGGUUGUCUCAACAGGGAAUGAGGAACACAGAUUGUCUUGGGCAGUUGUGCAUGUGAAGAUGCAGAGCAAAAACUUCAGGUCACUGUGCCUAAAAGUAGAUCCUGGCAUUUCUCUUUAAGCAUUUAUUAGAGCAGGUGUUAUCCUGGAAUUGAAUAGCAUUUAAUAAUGGUUAAUUAAGACUGUUCAAAAACUCCUGGAGGAAAAGAAAAGACAAAUUGUGUUCUGGAUGCUUGGAGAGGAGGGAGUUGAAAUAAAUGUAAAAUAUUGCCAGGUGCUUUAUGAACUUAAUUUUUCUCCUAGGAUUGUCAUAGAUCCUUGUCACUGUAUCCUGGCCCACACUAGUGCUAUGGCACAGUAAUUGGGCAGUGACACCUCUCUGCAAAAAUCCAUAGCCAUGUGUCUGUGAUGGGCAUGUGUGUAUUGUAAAAGAUGAGCCUAAAAAGGGCCUGGAGUAAACUAUGCUUGAUAAGCGAGGUCCUGAUUUGCCUGUUCCAGAUAUGCCAAAUAACUUGCAUUUAGGCAACUUCAGCUCCUUCCAGGCAGCUGCCAUCACACACCGUUAGCACGCAGGUGCUGCUGUCUGCCGGGUUUUGGAGACUGGUAAAUGCUGGUGGAAAGGGAAAUUCGGGAUGCACACUGUCACUGCCCUUCCUGUUCUUCAACCGUGCCCGAAGUCGGAGCUGUGCCAGGCCAAAGCAGGAUCAGACCCUUGGCACAGUGUUUGCUGUGUCCCACAGGGCUGAGCUCAGCUCUGCCAAGUGUUUUGAGUGAUGUUCACUGGUGCUGCGCACUGCGGUGACGCUCCCCCCUCCGUGUGUGCAGGGCCUGGGGAGGCUGUGAGGGACUGCCGGAGUCUGAGGGCUCUUUUCUCAGAGUAAUUGCAGGUUCUUGCAAUGUGAACCUCUAAUGUUUUCAAAGACUCAGGCAGAAAGGAUUUGUUCAACAGACAGUACCAGUCAUCUCCCAGUUCACUGACUGCUUGAACCAAAGGUGGUGCUAAAUCUGGUCUCUGUAAUAUUUAUAUUUUGUUGGAGGGGUUGUUUUUUUUUUUUUCAGUGUUUGAUAAAACAGAUGCAGUGUCCUUCCUACAUGAGAAAUUUAGUCCCGGCUUGGGACAUGGCAAAACUCACUGGACCUUCAGGGUCCAGAAUUGUUGCUUGUUAACAUUUGAGCAGGCUUGCAGUGUUCUGGGGGGAGGUGGGAAAAGGGUACUCUAUCUUCAAAUGCUUGCAGACUGUAAGAAUUGAUUUGUGAUUUUUUUUGUUUGUUUGUUGGUAUUUUGUUUACAUUGCCUCUUAUGCCCUAAGGAAAAAUAAAUUUUUGACCUUUUUAAUUAUGA